UGGGUACAUUAUUAGAUGAAUGCAGUGACGGUUGAACGUAAUUUUUUACGUCAAUGACGUGACAGUGAUGGUAGCAACGGCUCAGGUCGUAAUGACGGUUCUAACAGUUCUUAACAAUGGGAUUAUCGAAACCGAAUGCAUUUUUGUCAUCUUUCUACGAAUAUAAAUAGACGAAGAUGAUGAUGACGCGAUGUUGAUUUUAUGUACGACUUGACCAAAUAAAAGUGGUUAAAAUGGAUGGAACAAGAGCUACGGAGGUUUUACCUUUGCUCCAAGAACGUCUGGCUAUUCUGCCAGGUGGUCGGGAUCGCAGGGGUGGACCAGUACUUGUGUUUCCUACUACAGCAAGACGCGAAAGAGCCAAACCUGAAGAUUACCGACGUCUUUUGCAAUACUUAUUGACCAUACCCAACGACGAAGCCAGAGGUUUACGCUUCACUGUCAUUGUGGAUAUGCGUGGUGCUACUUGGGAUUCUGUCAAACCCAUCCUAAAGGUGUUACAUGAACACUUUCAUCGAUCAAUUCAUGUUGCUUUCAUCAUCAAACCUGAAAAUUUCUGGCAAAAGCAAAGAACGUCAUUGGCUAAACAAAAGAAAUAUAAUUUCGAAAUAAAUACGAUAAGUUUAGAAGCUUUGACAAAGGUGAUCGAUCCAUCGCAAUUGACCGCGGAUUUAGAUGGAUCGCUACAGUAUGAUCAUGCACAAUGGAUCGACACGAGACUAGCCGUAGAAGACUUUACGUGGCAGGCGGCUGAUCUUCUUGAUAGAUUGGACGACUUACAGGAAGAUCUGAGUCGAAAUGAUUUUGCGGACGAUGUGGCUGGAGCGAAACACGGGAUUGAUUUGCACAAUGAAAUGAAGAAAAAGAUUAUGAAAGUUCCAGUAGAAGAAAUUGAAGUUGUCGGUCAGCGAUUACUACAACGUUUCGAUAAUAGUAUAGCGGCGAGUAGUGGCGAAGGCGGUAGUAUAGAAAGCGGGGCAACUGGUGGCACCGACCCCGAUGGACGAGCUCUAGCAGCAUUAGUGAUUCAACACUUAGAAUCUGUGCACGCUGCACAACAGCAUCUUUUACAGUUGUGGCACAUUAAAAAGAUGAAAUUGGAUCAGUGCUUUCAACUAAGGCUUUUCGAACAGGAUUGUGCAAAAAUGUUUGAUUGGAUUUGUCACAACAGAGAAGGAUUUUUGGCGAAUUAUGUCGAAAUUGGACGUUCUUAUCAACUGGCUAAAAAUUUGCAGGAGGAGCAUAAACAUUUCACUAUGAGUUCCAUGAAUGUCUACGUGAAUAUAAAUAAGAUUUUAACCAUGGCCAGCCGUUUGCUCGAAACUCAACAUUAUGCUGCCGGACACGUUAGGGCAGUAGCCGGUCGACUAGAUCGAGCUUGGAAAGAAUUCGCGGCAGGACUUGAUGAACGUACCGCGGUCCUCAGUUUGAGCGUUGUAUUUCAUCAUAAGGCAGAGCAAUACGUUGAUAGCGUCGCAGGAUGGAGUCAAGCUUGCGAUGCUGGAAACUUACCUAAUGAAAUACCAAUCUUGGAAUCUCAUAUACGGCAACACCAAACUCUUUACGAAGCGAUGUGUCAAGCUUACACAGAGGUAUAUGACGCGUAUCAGGCACUAUUGAGUGGACUAGGCUCGAUGCUGCAAGUUUGUCACGGCUUCAGUUCGACGCACGGUUCGAGCUCGGAUACGAGUUUUUGCAUCGAUUAUAGUCAAGAUGGACACGGCAUUGAUGGACAUUCCGGUAUGAGCGGAAAUCCAGCAGCGGAUUAUAGCGAGGGAGCAUCCCAUGUAUUGGCGGUAAUUCAUCAAAUCUUGGGCCAUCACAGAGCGUUGGAGGCUCGUUGGCAUGCUCGGAAAGUUAAACUGCAUCAACGACUUGCGUUAAGAUUAUUUCAAGAAGAUGUAAAGCAAGUUCUGGAUUGGUUAACUAAUCAUGGCGAAGUUUUUAUUAGAAAGAAUACAGGCGUGGGUCGGAAUCUUCAAAAAGCGAGAGUGUACCAGAAAAGUCACGAACAUUUCGAAAAUGUAGCUCAGAAUACUUAUACGAAUGCUACUAAACUACUUACUGCUGCUCAAGAAUUGGCACACACUGGUGAGUGUGCUGCUGAUGAAAUAUACGCUGUGGCGCAAGAAUUAGAAGCUCACGUUAGUAGCUUCGCGGCAAGAGUUGAACAGCGUCGUCGAAGAUUAGAUUUGGCGGUUGUGUUUUAUACACAUGAAAAAGAGUUAACUGGUUGGGUUGACGAAUUGCGACAAGAAUUACAACAAGACGAAGUAGCAGAGAAUCUGGAAACUGCGGAAAGAUUGUUGGAACAAUGUGCUCAACACCGAGCCUCCUGCAUGGAAGCUUGUGCAUCGACUAUCGUUCAGGGCGAAGCAUUGCUUCGAGAACUUCGAGAAUCUACCGAUGCUCCUGAUACUACGGGCUCUAUAUCUGCAGUAGAAGCUGCCUUAGACAGGUUAGCGGGUUUAAGGCAGGAAUUAGAAGAUUUGUGGGCUACAAGAAAAUUGAGAUUAGAACUAUGCCUACGAUUGCGCGUGUUCGAAAGAGAUGCUUUAGAAGCGAGUGGUCAGUUAGAGAUGUGGGCGCAGGAGCUACAAGGUCCACCACGGGAGGGUUCCCCUGAACAAUUGUUGCGUGUGCACAAUGAUGGUGUUGCUCAUAUGCAGAAUACCGCAUUUCAGGUUUUGCAACAAGGUCAAGAACUCGCUCAGGUAUUAGAACAAGCAGGAGUUUGCAUAAUGGCAGACGGGCAACACAGUGCUGCAUCUAGAGUUCAAGUGCUUCUUGAAUUUUUAAACGAAAGGGAAAUGGACGCGGAAGAUUUGGCGGAGAUGAGAAGAGUUCGUUUAGAACAAGCUUCUCAAUUGGUGCAACUACAAACCGAUGCUACACAUGUAGCCAAUUGGAUUCGCAACGGAGAAGCUAUGUUGUUAGCUUCGUUGAGAGUUCCAGAAAAUCUGCAGGAUGCUGAGCAGCUUCGUUUAGAACACGAACAGUUCCAAGUUGCUAUAGAAAAAACGCAUACUUCAGCUGUUCAGGUCAAACACAGAGCAGAUGCGUUAGUGAGUGCAAAUCACUACGAUCCGAAGAGUAUAAGAGAAGUGGCAGAGGAUGUAACUAAGAGAUGGCAACAGCUAGUGACAUGUGCAGAGGAGAGACACAAGCUAGUAACUGCUAGCAUUAAUUUUUACAAAACGGCGGAACAAGUUCGCUCUGUAUUAGAUAGCCUCGAACGCGAAUACAAACGAGACGAAGAUUGGUGUGCUUCUGGUGAAAAGGCGACACAAGUGCCAACGCUUGUUGGAAAACAUCAAGAACAAAAGGAAGCAUUCUUGAAAGCAUGCACAUUGGUACGGCGGACCGCGGAAACAUUUCUCAAAUAUACAAACCGCAGUCUUCAGUUUUAUAGUUAUCAAGCGAACAGCGCUGGCUCAGAGAAUAAAGUUAAAAGUAUUUUGGAAGAGUUGCUUAGUAAAGAAAAUCGUGUGCUGGAAUAUUGGACGCAGCGUAAGAAACGAUUGGAUCAGUGUCAUCAAUAUGUCUUAUUUGAGCGCAGUGCUAAACAGGCUUUAGAAUGGAUAAGAGAAACGGGUGAAUUGUAUUUAGCCACCCAUACUAACGUUGGUAAAAAUCGUAUCGAAAAUGAACAAUUGUUGCGAGAGCACAACGAAUUUAAGGGAGCUGCGAAGGAAACAAGAGAAAGAGUAAAACUGUUGAUCCAACUUGCUGAUAAUUUAGUGGAAAAAGGACACGCUCAUGCAGCAGCAAUCAAACAGUCAGUUGCUGAAGUGGAUCAAAGAUACAAGGACUUUAGUACGCGUAUGGAUUGUUAUAAAAGUCAAAUCGAAGAAGAUCUUGGAAUUCAAUCUGACGAUGGCCAAAAGGAUCUUUCCAUCGAUCGCAAUUCCGAUCCUCUACUCGAAGAGAAGAUAAAGGGGAAAGAUCUGAAAGAAUUAAACGAGGAGAAAAGAAGAUCGGCACGAAGAAAAGAAUUCAUAAUGGCUGAACUGCUGCAAACAGAACGGACCUACGUGAAGGAUUUGGAAACUUGUAUUCGAUGUUUUUUGGAAGAAACGCGAUGCGGGAAAGGAAACGUUCCAUCUGGAUUACAAGGACGAGAAUCAAUCAUUUUCAGCAAUAUGGAAGAAAUUCAUCAGUUUCAUAGUAACAUAUUUCUUCGUGAGCUAGAAAAGUAUGAAACUAUGCCAGAAGACGUUGGGCAUUGUUUCGUGACAUGGGCACCUAAAUUUGAUAUGUAUGUGACAUACUGUAAGAAUAAACCGGAAAGUAAUCAAUUGUUAGUUACUCAUGGUGGGACAUGGUUUGAAGAAUUACAAAGGAAACAGCGAGUUGAACAUCCGAUCGCUGCGUACCUAAUUAAACCGGUACAAAGAAUAACAAAGUAUCAAUUGUUGCUCAAAGAUCUUCAGGCUUGUUGCCAAGAAGGACAGGGCGAGAUAAAAGAUGGGUUAGAAGUAAUGUUAAAUGUGCCUAAGAAAGCGAACGAUGCCUUACAUUUAAGCAUGCUGGAAGGUUGCGAUGUAAGAAUAGACACACUAGGCGAUGUAGUGCUGCAGGACUCUUUUACAGUGUGGGACCCUAAACAACUGAUUAGAAAAGGCAGGGAUCGGCACAUAUUUCUAUUUGAAUUGUACCUAUUGUUUAGCAAAGAGGUGAAAGAUUCGGCUGGAAAGGUGAAGUACAUUUACAAAAGCCGUUUGAUGACCUCCGAGCUGGGUGUGACCGAACAUAUCGAGGGUGACGAAUGCAAAUUUGCGGUUUGGACAGGUCGAGCACCAACCAGCGAUACACGUGUCGUUCUUCGAGCUAAUUCGAUGGAUGCUAAGCAACUGUGGGUGAAAAGACUACGCGAGGUUAUUCAGGAAACAUAUUUCAGUUUAAGUAUGCCGAAGAGCCCUGCGAAAAAGAGUUCGAGUCAACGUUCUAGCAGGGAUCUCGAAGAAUGCGCUUCUCUGGACGAUAGCGUUGAGAAUUUAGAUCGAAAUUCCCUGGCAUCUUUUGGUUCCACCAAUACCACAGAUUCCGAUAAGACUGGCGUAGCCGAAGUGACCUGGGUUAUUGCCGAUCAUUCCGCCGCGCCUGGAUCCAAGGAAUUGACGGUAACGAAGGGUCAACAAGUCGAGGUGUUAGAAAACGGAAGUAAUAUUAGCGGUGUGAAUACGUCCGAAUGGACCCACGUACGUUUACUGGUUGCCCCGGGACAAGUCGAUCCGCCGCCAGAGGGACUAGUUCCUACUAGCGCGCUCAAACAGCCUCCACCGGUUUCCAGUAAAACUUCACCGUCUAGAAAAGUUCCAGGACAGCAGCAGCAACAACAACAACAGCAACAACAAUCUCAUUAUCAUCAACAGCAAUCGACCAGUCAAAUUCAAACUGCCGCGUCUAGCGGAGGCAUCACAACAGUAUCGUCUGGUGCUACAGGAAUACCGGGAUCUUCGUCAUCGGUUGUGGGAACGGGCAUAGUAGCGAGUGGUGGGUUAUCCUCGCAAAAUGUGCCACCGAGUUCUACAUUGCCAGACGAAACAGAAAAUAUUAUCGUCGGCACUGCUGCUGCUGCAACUGCUGCGGCAAACGAUGGAAGUGGUGCUGCGAACACGAAUUCUCCAGGCAAUAAAAGACGUGGGUUCAGCGGGAGAAAGUGGCUACCUCCACCGUUGCGUAAACUUAGCCAAGGUAAAGUGGAGAAAUCCCCACCGACUACGACACCGACAACGACAGCUACAACAGCGACGACGUCGACUGCGAUCUCGAUCGUGCAAACGUCUUGCGAACGAUCCUCCUUGAAAAAGAACGUCUCGGAGAAACGAUUUAGAUUGCCGAGUGGUGGCGAACAGUCUCGACCUUUGAGAAGCGCUUCUGUUUCCAUUUCUGCGUUAACAACCGCGACCGCGUCUAUGCGCGUGUCUACCUCUGUGUCAGAGGCGGAUCUUGACACGGAACUCGAGCCAGGACUCGAAGGAGCUGAAGAGGAGGAAGGAGAAACCGAGCAAUCGGAACCUGAGUUGGAAGAGGAUACGAUGCCGGAACCUGACGACACCGAGGCUUUAACGUAUUCCGAGCAAAAUGGGGCGGACGAUGCCGAGGAUGAAUUGGAACUUCCACCGCCGAUGAAACCUAUCACCGAACCGAUACUCGUGGCAACAGCUAACGGUUCAUCGGAAUCUGCAAUUGCAACAGAAAGCUGUGGAAAAUCUCGAACGUCUGAACGAUCGGCAAAAAUUCUUGACGGUGCUACGACGGCCGAUUUAGCUGAGAUCGAACAGAUCGUGAAAGAAAGGAUGGAACAACAUACGGAAAAUCAAGAAAGACAAAGCCUGAUGCGGACACCCAGUGGUAAAAGUUCGAACGUUGGUAUCGGUGGGGACGACGAUUAUGACGAAGGUACCCUGUCAACUGCGAUAACUAUCGCUGGUACUACGAUUGCGGCACCGACAACAGCAACGUCAACAACAGCAAUGACAACAGCGGCAACGAUGGUAACGACGAUGGCGACGACGACAACCACCACCACAACGACCACAACGAGUAGCCCUGUUCACGGGACUUCGGAAGAGUGCGAUGUGGAAAGUGCAGUGUUAGCGAAACGACAAUUCGUUAUUCGAGAAUUGGUGGAAACGGAAAAAGAUUAUGUAAAUGACCUAAAACAAAUAGUCGAAGGGUACAUGUCGUUGAUGCGAGAUCCAGAGUCCGAAGUUCCAUUGCCGGAUGAUUUGCGUGGUGGAAAAGAUAAAAUGGUUUUCGGCAAUAUAGAAGCAAUCUACGAGUGGCAUAGAGAUUUCUUCCUGAAGGCGUUGGAACGUUGCUUGGAACGUCCGGAAGAGCUCGGACCGCUAUUUAAGCGAUACGAAAGAAAAUUACAUAUGUACGUUGUUUAUUGUCAAAACAAACCAGUCUCCGAAUAUAUCGUUUCCGAAUAUAUAGAUACCUAUUUCGAGGACUUGAGACAAAAGCUCGGACAUCGGUUACAAUUGUGCGACCUUUUAAUCAAACCGGUUCAAAGGAUCACAAAGUAUCAACUUCUUCUUCGAGAAGCACUAAGACUUACCGAACGAACUCAAAGAAUGUCAGAGAUCGAAGGGCUUACAGCUGCGGUUCAUGUAAUGCGCAUUAUUCCAAAAGCGGCCAAUGACAUGAUGGAUGUUGCCAGACUUCAAGGUUUUGACGGAAAGAUCACGGCGCAAGGAAAGUUACUGUUGCACGGACCGCUUUUAGUAUCGGAAUUUUCCUCGAAUUUACCGAGUAAGGAAAAAGAAUGGCAAGUCUUCCUCUUCGAGCAAAAUAUUAUUUUUAGCGAGGCUGUCGGCAAAAAGACACAGUUCACGAAUCCUGUCUACAUUUACAAAGCUCAUAUCCAGGUGAAUAAACUGUGCUUACAAAAUUCUUACGACGACCCGGAAAAGUUCAUAAUUCGCUCGACGGAUCCUCGAAAACCUGGCCUUGCAUUUUCUUGUAGCGCAGCAGAAGAAAAUGGGCCGCGGAAGCAGGAGUGGGUAGAUACGAUCACUGCCAUCCUGCAGACCCAACAUGACUUUCUUAAGGCGAUACAGUCGCCGAUUGCCUACCAAAAGGAACUUACCAAAGAUCCAUUUCGUGGCGUGAGUCCGGAUUCUCCGUGUCGAGGAAGUGUACUUUCAACGAUUUCAUCAACAAUACCGAACAUGUCUAAAACAAACGAGGAACGGAGAAAUGAAUUGGCCGGUGCCGCUGGUAGUACCAUCUCUGCUACUUCAAAAACAUUAGCUACAGCCGCAGCUGUAGCAGCGACAGCUACAGGAACGGGAACGGGAACGGCAACAACAUCGGUGUUACACCGACCUCGUACCGGAGCUACGGAUCAGGAUUCCCCGCAAACGCAGUCAAGCCCUAGCAAAAGCAGACUGAAUUUUCUCGAGGGAUUUAGAAGCACCCUUCGACCUCGAUCGCCUGUUCGCAACAAUUCUAUUCCGAUCGUUCCAGGAAGCAGAGUAAGAUUAACCGCAGAUUGGGGGAAAUUACACGCUGGAGAAGAAUUGGAGAUCUUCCGUGUGGACGGUCCAGGGCUGAUCGUCUCCCCGGUAAUCGGGAUGAAAAAGGAGGAAUUCUGGAUUCCGGCGAGUCUCGUUCCGAAUUCAUCCAUCAGCCGCGCAUGGUCUUUUCGUCCGCGAAGAAUCGAUUCGGCGGAGGGUUCGGGAGAGAGCGUCCGUCUUCCGCAAGAUAUACACGCGGAAGAGAACGGUCCUCCCGCGAUCUUGACUAUUCCGUGUUCGAUCAGGGCGACGGCCGGUGGCGUGGCUCGGCUCGUGCUGGAAGCUCGUCGCGUGGAACGUGCGCUCGUCCGUUGGAGAAAGGAGGGGCAACGAUGUGACAUCAUCGAGGGAACCGAUCGAUAUCGACUUUUCCGAACGAACGAUUCCCUUUGUCUCGAAAUUGCUCCUUGCCUUCCCUCUGAUUCCGGGAUUUACCACUGUCUCGUCGAACAUGAAACGGGUUCCUGUUCAGCGAAAAUUCCCCUUCGUAUCAUAGGAAUCGAUGCGACCAACGCUUGGUGCGACACGAUCGAGUGCAAUCGAUCCAACGGAUUCACGAUGAACGAGACAACCUCGUCGAUCGUUGCGUUACCUAAUUCGAAGAAAAAAUUGACCAACGAUAUGGAAAUUGAACAGUUUACUAACAAAUAUAUCGAAUUGGAAGAAUUAGGAACCGGUAGAUUCGCAAGAGUGUGCUGUGCGAGGGAAAAAGGAUUCGAUCGAGAAGUAGCGUUAAAACAAAUAUCUCGAUCGAAGCAGCCGCUCUCGCUAACGCGUGCCGAAUAUGAUCUUCUCAGAAGUAUACGUCACGAUAAUAUUGUUCGAGCGUUUGCGCUCUUCGAGGAUACACCUCAACCGGAUAUCGAUACUAUCGUUUUGGAGCUGGUCAGAGGGUCGACAUUGUUCGCGUAUCUUGGCGAACAAGUUGAGUACACGGAAUCUACUGUCGCAAAAUACACCGGUCAAUUGUUGUCAGCGUUACAGUGGCUACAUUCGCGUAAACAAGCUCACUUGGACUUAAAACCGGAAAAUAUUUUGGUUGAUAGCGAAACUGGUAUCGUAAAAUUGAUAGAUUUCGGUGAAGCCAUCAGAGCGGUACCACUAGACCAAGUAGUCCCUCCUCCCGUUGAUUUGGAAUUUGCAGCUCCGGAAUCGGUUCUCGGUAAACCAACGGGAUCCUACACGGACAUGUGGGCUGCCGGCGUUUUUCUAUAUGUAUUAUUAAGCGGGCUUUCACCUUUCUUGGACGAUUCCAUCGAGGAAACUACCGCCAACAUACUUAAAUGUGAUUUUUGUUUUCCCGACGAAUAUUUCAACGAGAUAUCGACCGACGUGAAAAACCUUCUUGAAACAUUGCUGCGUUUACAUGGAGAAGACAGAGCAACCGCUCAAUUAAUUUUAUCAUCGCCUUGGUUUAAGAUAUCGAUUGGCGCGACCAUCCCUUCCUCUAGAAUGGUUGCGUUUACCGAGCGCCGUGCUCAUCGCUCAAAAUCUCAUCAGGAUCGGAAUAGCAGUUUUUAUUCUUGACUCCUUGUCAGUAUCGUUUGCAAAAGACAUAUUUAUUGCUAAAUAACAUUAAAAGCUAUCAGCCGAAUUUGGCCGAUUGUAAAUAAUAAACAACACUUGCGAUUCGCUGUUGCAUUCGCACGCCUAUCGGCAAUUUCGUCUGUUGUGUGUCUAUGCACAUUCUGUAUUAUUUACAUACAUAUAUAUUUACGCGUAUAUUAAACCUAUACAAGUGCGUGCGUACACGCGCAUGCAUACACACACACACACACACACACACACACACACACACACACAACUACUACCCCCUCUCUUUACCUUUCGAAUGAAAUAAAAGAAUUGUAUUUUUUACAUUAAUUAUGUAAACAUAUUACAAUGUGUUACGUUAUGUAAAGCGCACGUCAUGACCUCUCGCGUAAAAAACAUUUACUUCUAUCGAUACGUUUCUUUAUAGAUACCAGUCAUAUAUUCGUUAUCACGAAUGUAUGUCCCACUGUUAUAUUACUGCUCUCUAUCCUUCGACUUUUGUACUUUUUUUACAUGAUUUAUUCAAUAUGACAGUUAAAUGAAAGAAACGAUCAAAUUGGUCGAUUAUUUUAAAUGUUUAGCAACAAUACAUUGAUUCGAUUAAAAUAUACAUAUUCCUUGCUUUAGUUAAGAGGCAAUUAGAUCGACGUAACACGAAUGUGCACAAUGUGAGAUAUUUUAGUAGAGCGAUUAAUUUGGUAUUCUUUAAUUUUCUCGAUAUCUUCGAAAAUCACAUUGUGUCCACCGAUAAUAAUGAAUCGAAAUAAUGAAUCUUCUUUAUCGUUGAGAUGUUACUUUGCAAUAAAGAAAACGUUCAUUUUA